AUGGAGCAGGUACCGGAGGCAGCUUCCGUGCGUUGCUGCACCCAUCGGGUCUCCCCCUUGCCUGGCACUGGCUCCCGCCGGGAUGGCGGGGACGCUGCUCUCGCCGCCGCGGCCUUUGCCGAGCCCAUCAAGGCUCCUGAGUCUGUAUCCACUAUAAUUACAGCAGAAUCAAUCUUUUAUAAGGGUGUAUACUAUCAAAUUGGAGAUGUUGUUUCAGUGGUUGAUGAGCAGGAUGGAAAAACAUACUACGCUCAGAUCCGUGGGUUCAUUCAGGACCAAUACUGUGAAAAGAGUGCUGCGUUAACCUGGCUCAUUCCUACGCAAGCCAGCCCCAAAGACUGUUUUGACCCAGCAUCCUAUAUCAUAGGACCAGAAGAAGAUCUCCCAAGGAAAAUGGAAUAUUUAGAAUUUGUUUGUCAUGCACCUUCGGAAUAUUUCAAAUCUCGAUCGUCUCCCUUCCCUACUGUUCCCACAAGACCAGAGAAGGGCUAUAUAUGGACUCAUGUGGGACCUACUCCUGCAAUCUCCAUUAAAGAAACUGUUGCCAAUAAUUUAUAAUUUUUAAAGGAAUACUUUGGAGGAGUUAUUUUGGGUGUAUUCUCAGACAUGAUUGCUCAUUUUGGGACAAAACCACAAGUUUCAUGUCAUCUUCGACUUCGAAUUACCUGCUGACAAAGAGGUCUCCUGCACCUUCCUAUGAUGUCAAACAGCCGGUCAUACUGAGAGAGGGGACUGAUGGCAGGCUUGCAUUACACACGUAGUUUGAAAGCUUAAGCAAAAGAAAAGAGUUUGGAGCAAGAUCAUGUCUAACCCUUAUGAAAAAGGCUUCUUAAACUGACUUCCAGCUGCUGCUACUGAUACUCGUCAAUGUUUCCAAGAGAUGCUCUUAAGAAAGGAACAGGUAUUUGAACAAUUGCACUGUCCUGUUUUUGCAUGUCCAGAACCUCAGGCAGUAACAAGGGCAGAAUGACUGACUGUCCAGACAGCUUCUUACGGACAGAGCUGAAAGAAUGGGCAACAUCUGUCUGAAAAUUUCUCAUAUUAGGAAAAUGGAAGGGCAGAAGGAAGACCUGCAAAAUGGACUCAACAGCAGAAGGGAUAUCACAGGAUCCCAUGGAGGAAGGCUUUGAUGCCCUGCAAACUGGAGGAGCUGAGCUCGCCGUUAUUUUCUCUUCUCUUGUUCAGUAUCCCCCAUGCCAAAAUUUAGGUAGGUCUCAUUCUUGGAUCAUUGGACUGUGAGUGGAUACACUACUACUGAAUUUUUAUGGCCUUGCGGUAAGCUUCAGAGCUUUGUGACCAGCCAAAAGACGUUUUCGUUGAGCAAUUUUAGUUCUAAAGAUGGAACAUAUAACUAAGAGCUAAAAUGCACAGAGCAUAUGUAAUAUACUCAGUCAUGCAUAGAACAUGCAGUGUGCCCUGGUACACACAUUGCAACUCCAUCUUCCAUGAGAAAAAUCCCCAUUUUGUAGUUGUAGGAAAUCAGUAUUAUCCAAGAACAUUUGCCUUGCAGGACAGGAAAAAGCUUCCAUGACAGAAAUAACGCAGACAUUGUUUUUUAAAACUACUUUUUGACUGAGGAGAAGUUUCACUUCUGCAUCUCUAUAAGAGAAUGAAAGAGCGUGAAAAUUAAAAAUCAUGGACUUCAGCAAUAUACUUACCUGUAUUAAGGUAUGAGGCA